AGAUUGGUGCAGGAAGGUCGAGGGAAUAGAGGGUAGUAUACAUUUCGAUCUUCAUUCAAAAAUACGAGUUCGUCGACUAGUGUUUAUUUAUAAACGCGAACGAGGAAGUCAUCUCGGCAGCAAGACGUUCGCGUCGAAAGCAAACAAGUCAACCACUAGUGGCUAUAAAUUACUAGCUAAAGCUCUGGAUUGAAGACCAAACUUUUAGCUGGAUCGAGUCUUUGAUAUUAAACGGUAAACAACGAACAUUUGAGGAAAUACUAAUUAGUGUUUUGAAAAUCUGAUUAAACGUGAUUUGCCGAGAACAUUACAUAUCCAAGUGAAUCCACCAGACUCACUGAACCGCAGUGGAGGCAGUUCAAUUUUUAACGGACUUAAAGACGACGUACAAGCGUGGUGGUUUGCUGGAAGUUGAUUAAUUAGCUAGAAUUGAAGAAAAACAAAACGCUAUCGGACGUUAGCCAUUCAGGGGCUACUUUCGAACAUGGAGUAUAAAGUGGAGGCACAUCGAAUCAUGAGCAUAUCCUUGGGGAAAAUCUAUAAUUCUAGAGUACAACGGGGCGGAAUCAAACUUCACAAAAAUCUUCUCGUCUCCCUGGUCCUUCGGAGCGCUCGGCAAGUGUAUCUGAGCGACUACUAUGGUGGUGUGUGUCUGAACGCCCAGCAAAUGGAAGGAAGGGAAUGGGGAGAACGAGAAAUAAUGGACUCUGAGCAGGACAAAUUGGUCCCGGAGGCUACGGACAACUCAUCCCCAGACAACCGCCAAGACGGAUUUGCGUUGCCCACAGAAGAGGUGGCAGCAGAAAUGGCAGACACCGCCGCACAGCCACAAGUUGAAGUAACUUCUCCGGCCGGUGAGCAGUCGAGCCCUGCAGAAAUUACUUCCAAGUCGGAUUGUAGCUAUCAAACAACCCAGGAAGUGGACACAGACAGUGUCUCGGCUUCUGUAGACUCCAGGACCGGCGAAGUAUCGGUCAGUUGUCCAGUUCCAGCGCAAUGUGUUAACACGGGACUGUCCCCAAAUACAAAGACGACGGUCGAAGAAAGUCCGGGCGAAUGUGAGAGGCUAAGCGCAAGUGGCCGUACGGUAGCUGCUGAAGAAUGCGAUUCCCAGGAACCAAAAUCGCACCUCCCAACAGCACCGGUGUCGUGUUGUACCAGGAAAAGAAGUGCCGAGAAGUCUCCACGCACAACUUCCCCAAUUAAAAAAACCAAACUGACUGCUUCCACCACCCCCGUUUCACCAGCCAGUAGUGAAGACGAGGGCGCAGAGGAAAUGGACACAAGUAAUGUGUCAAGUCUCAUCACAAUAUUCGGUUCCAGCUUCUCUGGCCUGUUGAGUAAGGACGGUGCUCAGGCAGAGCCUGAGUCUGAAGACAGUGACUCAGGGGCCGGGCAAAUUUGUUGUGAACAAAUGCUCAAGAACCUUAACCCCUGGAGUACCGCUAUUGUAGCAUUUUAACAUUGUUUUAGACUAGGCUAACUUGAGAUUGUAAAAGUGGAUGGUUGGUUUACGAUUUCAAGGCGUACUGAGGCUCCGAUACUCUACUCCCAUCUACCUACAUUGCUAGCUAUUGGUUACAUUCUUUGUGGGGCUCCUAAAUGCGUCAACCACGUGUGGGUUGGGGGAAGGGGGUAUGGGGUUUUCCCUUUACACCACCACACACCAUCCUUAGUUUUAGCGCGAGCGUUGCCACAUUGUCUAUACGGGCAUGUUUUGAUCAAGGAUUGUGGGAAUGUUGGCACUACAGUAAUAUCAAUUUCAAGGGAAGGAGGGGGAUACGCGCAAUACAAAUGCAUAACAUUCAUGGAAAUAACGUUUGUAAAGCGUUAAUGUUAAUGCUAAACCGACAUGUGUUUAUUGCACACUUCACGGAAAGAAGAUGAGUUGACGCACAGUUUGCAAAAUAUAAAAGGUUAUGAUAAUGUAAUUUGUGUGUGUUUAAUCAGGUGUUAAUUGGAAUGCCGUUUGAAAUAUUUGAUCAUCGCAAAAUCUAUGUUACAGGACUCGGUGCUAAAGCUAUCAAGUCAUGCAUAUGACUUGGGUCACUGAUCUAUUUCCACUGUCUUUGUUUUAUAAAGACCUGUAUAUUUGUAAUGAGAUGAUUGUACAGAUCUGUCUAUGUCUUCUAAAUCUCUGUAUUUUGGUAUUUGUUAUCAAUUGACAUUUUAUUUGUGUGGGAGACACACGUAUUAAAUGCCUUUGAAAAACA